AUUAGAGUUGUCGCAUCGAUUGCAUUUUUCCUUGAUAACAUCAUCUGAAGCUUUCAGGCAUCGACGAUCCUUUUUCUGAUUCAUAUAUAUAGGAAAGGAGUAUCUCUAGGCAGCUCGAUCAAUAUCUGGCAACAUGGAGGACUCGAGCCAGUUCUUGCAGUGGGCCCUGAGCACACUGCAGCACGACGACCUCCCACCGGCAACGCCGGCGGCCACCGCCGCCUACGACGAUAAUGGCUGCAAUACUGCCGCCUUCUCCUCAAUCCCGGCGUUGGGAUACUCCGCUGCGUCAGUGAACAGCAUGGUCCCGGGCGAACCACCAGCGCGAGAAGGCCACCGGGCCGCCGCCGCCACCAACAGCUGGAGCUCGGCCGACACCGACAGCGGGAGCGGCGGCGGUGGCACCGCGUCCGUCACGGCCGCGCAGCGCGACGCCUGGUCGCCGUCCUCGCAGCAGAACUUGGUCAACUGUGCCACGCCACGCAGCAGCGGCAGUAGCGGCGCCAACCAGCAAGUGGGCUGGGACUUCAAUUCGGCGUCGGCGCAGCUAAUCAAAGAAGCCCAGGCCAACUCUGCCGCCGCCGCCGCUGCCGCCGCAAGGGCAGAGAGCAACGGUGGCGGUGGCGUGCCGGUGCCACAGCCACAGAUGGUGCACAACAACGGGCCACCGCCGACGAAGAGAGCCUCUGCCAAAAUGUCGGCGCCUUCUUCGUCGCCACCGUGCUCGCAGGAUCACAUCGUCGCCGAGCGGAAGCGCCGGGAGAAGAUCAACCAGCGUUUCAUUGAGCUGUCAGCAGUCAUUCCCUGCCUCAAGAAGAUGGACAAGGCGACGAUCCUCUCCGACGCGACGAGGUACGUGAAGGAGCUCCAAGAAAAGCUCAAGGCGCUCCAGGAAGACGGCCGAGGCAUGGAGUCGGCGGUGCUCGUCAAGAAGCCGCGCAUCGCGGCGCCGGGGGAUGACGAGGACGGCGGCGCGCCUUCGCCUUCGUCCUGCGCGACAGCUGGGGCUGCGGCGACCGCCAGGAACGCGCUGCCGGAGAUCGAGGCGAGGAUCUUGGACGGCAACGUCGUGAUGCUGAGGAUCCACUGCGAGGACGGCAAGGGGGUGCUCGUCAGGGUGCUGGCCGAGGUCGAGGGACUCUGCCUCAGCAUCACGCAUACCAAUGUCAUGCCCUUGUCGGCUUGCAUCCUCAUCAUAAACAUAAUGGCAAAGGUGUUGGAGGGCUUCAACGCCACGGCGGAUGACAUUGUAGGGAGGCUUAAUGCUGUGCUUGCUGGACCAGCGUGUUAGAGCGAGAUUGGUGUGCAGAAAAUAACAAGAAGUUUUGUUCAAAAGGACUAGCGGCGCCGAAUAAAUGUCUGGAUCGAUCGGGUCUGUACGUGCUUGCAUGUCGUCAACAACAAUUACUGUGGCGUCCUAUCGCAUGCAUGCAUAUGUAUGCACGCAGGUCCUCUUCGAUGUGAAUGAUUUCGGUGUGUGUCGAAUGUUUAUUUCUUCACCACUGCACACACCUUGAAGCUAGCUAGUUGUAGCUUAAUUAUUUGAUCUGGUCGGUCCGAGUUUAGUUUGUUCAAACUUGUCAAUUCUCGUUGCUCGAUCAAGCCAAAUUGAUCAUGUUUCUCUUGCUUCCACGAAAAUGUUAGAGCUGAUGCUGAGGCCUUGUUUAGUUGGGGAGUGAAAACUUUUUGGAUGUUUUAUAGAA